AUGGAUUUUGUGAUGGGUUUACCGUUGACACCAUCGAAGAAGGAUUCAAUUUGGGUGAUAGAUGAUCGGUUUACUAAGUGUGCACAUUUUCUUCCUGUUCAUACUACGUGUUCAUUACAGAGGUUAGCUGAAUUGUUCAUAGUUGAGAUAGUGCGGUUGCAUGGAGUUCCUUUGUCGAUCAUUUCAGAUCGUGAUCUAAGUUUCCAGGCUAGUAUUCAAAUGGCUCAAUUUAAGGCGUUGUAUGGGUGUAAGUGUCGUACUCCUUUGUUUUGGACUGAGUUGAGUGAGAAACGUGUUGUUGGUUCAGAAUUGAUUCAAGAGACUGAGGAUAAAGUUAAGUUGAUUAAGGAUCGGUUGAAAGUUUCACCCUGGAAGAAGGUGUUACGUUUUGGGAGUAAGGGUAAUCUUAGCCUGAGGUUUAUAGGACUGUUUGAGCGUAAGUAUAGAUUGGAUCCUUCUCAUGUCAUUUCGGUUGAUGAGGUUGAGGUUCGUGAGGAUUUUUCUUACGAGGAAGAACAUGUUAAGAUUCUAGCUAGGGAUGUGGAAGUUUUUCUGAACAAGGUCGUUCCAUUAGUAAAAGUGUUUUGGCGUAACCAUAAUACUGAGGAGGCGACUUGGAUGAUGGAAGAGUCGAUGAGAGCUCAGUUUCCGUAG